AUGUUUUGGAGAUUUGGCGGUUACGCCAACAUCUCCACCAUUGAUACCCUCCUCGAGAAACCCGACUUCACUCUCGAGAACCUCCUUGACGAAGCCGACCUCCUCCACGAGAUUAAGCAUCACAAUGCGAAAUUAAUCGAAUAUCUACGCGAAGAGCCCGUGCUCGAACAACUCCUCGACUUCGUGGUCGCCCCCAAACUCGAACCCGUUGCCUCUCCUAAGAACGAGACGCCUUUCGAUGAUGACAAGGGCAAGUCGACAAGCUUCCCUUUUGCGCGCUCGCGCGCGUCAUCGAGGGCCAUGAGCGAACCGGACGAAGACGAGACGGAGAAACGGCGAAACCGAUAUGCCUACAUCGCUUCCGAGGUGCUCGCGUCGGAUACCUGGUCCAUCUACGAGGCUCUGAUGGAGAAUGGGAAUCUCAUACGGAACUUUUGGAAGUUCCUGAAGCGGCCUUCGCCUCUCGAUCCUCUACAGGCGUCAUAUUUCACCAAGGUGAACGAGGCCCUGUUUGAGAAGAAAACAGAGGAGAUGAUUGAGUUGCUCAAGAGCUUUCCCAAUGCAGUAGCCGAUCUCCUGAGCCACGUAGAGUGUCCCAUGAUCAUGGAUUUACUGCUCAAAGUAAUCGCCCUCGAUAGGAUGGAGGGUGGUCAGGGCAUUGUCGAGUGGCUCUACUCUCAAGACAUUGUUCCGAUUCUUCUCUCCUGCCUCUCUCCCGAACGAAACUGGGUUGUGCAAACAGCUGCUGGCGACUUCAUCAAAGCCAUCAUCACAAUAUCCGCAAACGCGUCACAGAACGAGCAGCAAUGUAUCGGGCCUAAUGAACUCACCCGGCAGCUUGUAUCUCGGCCUUGCGUCCAGCAGCUUAUCAAGUACAUGCUUACCGGCGGCAACCCCUUGACCGUCGGUGUUGGCAUUGUGAUUGAGGUCAUUCGAAAAAACAACUCGGACUAUGACCCCGACGUUGGCGCCGAUGAGGGCUCAACUCCGUCGUGUCGAGAUCCCAUCUACCUCGGCACGCUCCUUCGUCUCUUCGCCGACCACGUUCCCGACUUUAUGAACCUCAUCAUGAACGCACCGGCACAAAAGAAGCACAUGAACUCUACGUUUGGCGAGAAGCUCGAGCCCUUGGGCUUUGAUCGAUUUAAGACCUGCGAACUAAUGGCCGAGCUUCUUCACUGCAGUAAUAUGGGACUGAUGAACGAAGUCGGGUCGGAGGAGCUUAUCGCCGCCAGAGACGCCGAGCGCCACCGCCUACGACGCGAAGGCAGGCUUAUUCCCCGCCGAGAAGACGAGGCGUCCAUUUCCGCCGAUGAUCUCACCAUGCGCUUUCCCCAUGGCGCGGCGCAUGCCGGUGGUAGCGACAACCGACGCCUCGAGGUCACUAACAAUGCCGAGGACGACGGGUUUGAAGAGGUUGAGCAUAGCCGCGAGAUGAACGAGGACACAUCGCACGAGUUCGUCAAGGCCGAGGAGGAAAUCCCCCCACCGGUUCCCAUUCCGUCAUUUUUCGAUAAGGACGACGAUGACCUUGUGGACGAGCCGUUGAGCUCGCCGAGGCUGCAGAUCAAGGACGACGGCGAUAUUGAGAGCCCUCAGUUCGACGAUCCCGAUCUAAUGGUGGCUCCCCUCUCUCCUAGGAAGAAGACGGCUGCUUCCGUUGAUGCGGCAGUCGCUGCCGGGCCCGCCAAGGACAGCGAUGAACCGGUCGAAUCUGCAAAGCCGACGAGUGAGGCACCCGCGAAGGAUGAAACCGAGGGGAGCAAGGAUGAGGAGCAAGAGCUAGUCACGAAGCCAGAGGCAGAUACAUCUCUCACGCCAGCUGAACAACCCGACGACGCUUCUGAUUCCUCUGCGGUGUAUACCCCAACAACGACCACAAACCCCCCUGAGUCUGUUGCCGAUCCCGAAGCCACUUCUCGCGCCGCCGAAACCUCCCAGGUCGAGACUACUCCUGAGACUAAGGAUGAUGCCCCGAGCGACCAACCAGCUGGCGAGCCUAGCGCUGCAGACCAACCCGACGUUCCCGAACCACCCAAGCCAGCGGCGGAGGCCACCGCUGAAGGAGAGAAGUCCGCCGACGACACUUCAGCAGCCAAGGAAACGAGCGCAGUCGAUGAGUCCCUUCCUGCUGCGCCCGCUCCUCCACCUCCAUCUUCCGGAUUCGCCCCUAAGACUGGUGCCGAUGCUGAAAAGGGUGACGUCGAUGAAGAUGCGGAGCAACCUGGUGCAGAGUCCAUCAUUAUCCGCGCUGUACCUGACCCGCCUGCUGCCGAGUCUGACCCCAACGCCAUUCGACCCGUUGUAGGUGACUAUUUGAAGAUGCAGUUUGUAGAAUAUCGUGUUGUACCAACUAUUUUGACUUUCUUUUUUAAAUACCCCUGGAACAACUUCCUGCACAACGUAGUCUACGACGUCGUCCAACAAGUCUUCAAUGGACCGAUGGAUCGAGGAUACAACCCCACCCUCGCCGUAUCACUCUUCGAAGCCGCCGACAUCACCACGGCCAUUAUCCAAGGCCAGAUCACGAGCGACGAAUCACAAGCAAAGACCAAGACGCGGAUGGGCUACAUGGGGCACCUAACUCUAAUCGCCGAGGAAGUUGUCAAGUUCACGGAACGCCACCCGCCCGAGCUCCUAUCCGAAACCGUCCUCGAGCGCGUCAUGAGCCCCGACUGGGUCAACUACGUGGAGGGCGCCCUGGCCGAGACUCGCGAGCGUGAUAACGCCAUUCUCGGAGGUGUGCGGCCAGAGGUGGCGCUGAGCAAUAGGUCCGCCGCCAUGUCCGGCCUGGCGGGCGUCGGCCUCUCCGGUCUCGGUGGAUCGAUGGGCCUGGGCAACGGUCUCCAGUCAGGCGGAUCUACGGCACUCGCCGAGGCAGGGCUGAAUGGGAGUCUUGAUUUGAAUAAUGAUAAUGGGGGCAAUGGCAUUGGGCCUUUUGCUAUUAGCGCUGGGGCGAUGAUGUCUGGCUUUGGAAGCUCGAGCGAUGAGGAGGAGGAUGAGAAUGAGGAGACGGAGGAGGACAUUAAUAAUGAGUUUCGGUCAUAUACAGAUCCGCUCAACAACAGCAACGGAUCUUCAUUGAACCCACCCUCGAUCCCCCCUCCCCCUCCGCCGCCACCACCACUCAACAUCCCUCCCUCCCGCGCUCGACUCCAGCUUGCCGCAAGGCUCGCUAUGCACCAGAAGAACCUGCCGGCAGCAUCGGCGGCAGCCACCACCACCACCUCCUCCGAAGAACCCGCACGAGAGAACGGCGAUUCCGAGAGGCGCGAGGAGAUGCCGGACUUCUCUGGCUCUGCGUUCCCGGCGCCUCUCCGCAAUCCUUUUGCCGACGACGCGGACGAGAUAGAUAGCGACGAGGAGGACGACCAGGCCCUUGACGCUGAGACGGGGUGGGGUUCGUCGGGACGGGGAAGCUGGUGGCGCGGUGUUGUCAUGAACCGGCGGGGUGACGGCUUCGGGGAUCAUGAUUCGGAAGACGAUGUCGAUGAGGAUGAUGAGGAUGAGGAGUUUGGUGAUUUUGCCAUGCCGGAGGUCGAUUCCGGCGAUGGCAAUGGCAACACCCACAACAAUAACAACAGUGACAGCAACAGCACGAACAACUUCCCCGGACUCAAGCUUGUGAGACCGCUUGCCGUCCACCCUCCGUCAAGUGGCACGCAGAAAUCUGCUUUUGGCGGCUUGUGGCCGUUUACGAGCCCCGGAUUCGGCAGCGGUAAUAACAAGGCUAGCACCGGGGAGGAGACGGAAGGAGGCGAGGCGAAGAAGUCGGCGGAAGAAGAGAAGCCGGUGAGCGAGACGAAGCCUGCCGUUGUCGGGGACGAGGUGAAGAAGGACCAGGAGGCCGCUUCCGGCGUCAGUGAUGUCAAGAAGCAGACGAGUCUCGAUGAUACGGCAUCGGAAGAUGAGGUAGUGGUGUGA